UACAAAACUCAGUGGGAAAGUCAAAUGAGAAAGUAAAUUACGUAGAGACAAACCUAAAGUUUGCUUUCAAAAUAUUAUUAAAUGACAUCUGGUGUAUUUUUACUGGCAGCAAGUUUGCUUUGGUCCCAGUUUGUUUCUCCAAUUAUCAUCAUUUUUCAUGUGAAGGGCUUAAAUUAAGUGCUGCACUCAUAUCGCAGAGGCAAUGUGCUGUUUUAUCGAAGCUAAUCAGAAUAAAGGAAGGCAGCGCAUUUAUCGACAUACCAUGUCGCGUGGCGCCAUGCGACUAUAACCGCCCUCUAGCGGUCACAGCCGGUAAAAACCACACCAUCAACACCAAGCUAAACACCAUUAAGCGCCGUGAUAAAACCGCGGAUUUAACCAAGUGAAUACUUACGGCUGAAUCAAAGGAUCCGCAGACAGACGCAGCAGGGUCUGUAGUUAAUGUGCCUGGUUAGUGAGAUUUAACUUGAGAAUAUCUGAUCGUUUCGGUGCGUAUAGUGUUGUAUUUGUAUGCCGUGUUGGUGGCAUUAGAGUGGACUGAACAGGUCAGCUGCAGCACCAUGGUAAUAUGGAGCGAUUCAGUGAAACCUGGUCUGCUGACUCAAGAAUAAUUAGGCAAGGGGGGGGGGUAUCACAUUCAUGGGGAUCCCUGUACAUUCGGGUGUUCUGGGAAACGAGAGCGUAGACAAAAAGGCAUAGUAUGGAAAAAAGGGUAAAUCAACAGUGGCAACAGCACUGGGCUGGCGCCAUAUAAGGGACCCAUUUACACUCAACCCAGGACAGAGUGGGAAACAGGAAAGACAAGAAAUUAUGGAAAAUACGGCGGGUGGAGGACAACGUUGGUGCGGAGACAGUGUUCAAGGGAGGAAAUGGUUAUCUCGUGUUUUUUAGGGUGAGUGGAGUGGACAGGCGGCUUAAAAAAAAAAGAAAAGAAAAGAAUGGACACUGAGGGAGAAUAUAAACUGAAGGUGGCAGUAAUGCAACGACGCGGAUGCCAACUGCGGUAAAACUUCAAAGAAGAAGAGGAGGAGGAAGACGAGGAGGAAGAAGACGAAGGAGGCAGGGAUUCAUCUUGGCGUGACACUUCAGCUUUGAAAGGCUGUGUCUGCUUAACGUCUACAUCCACCCCGGGAGAGACCAGCGUAGAUGUGAAGAAUUGACGUGAAACAGCUUGACAGGACAGCUCUCAGGUCUAAUUUGAGUGCUACCGUCUAUAAUGGAAAACUCCACUGAAGACUACAGGAUCCAGUCUUUUGACCAGGACACACAGGUGUUGCUGAAAACAGCCUUGAAAGAUCCAGGUGCAGUGAACCUGGAGAAGGUCUCCAACAUCAUUGUGGAUCAGUCUUUGAAGGACCAGGUUUUCAGCAAAGAGGCCGGACGCAUCUGCUACACCAUUGUGCAGGCCGAGGCCAAGCAGAGCAAUGGAAACGUGUUCAGGAGAAACUUGUUGAACCGACUGCAGCAGGAGUUCAAGGGCCGCGAGGAGACCCGGGGCCGCUCGCUGCAGGAGUGGGUGUGCUACGUCACGUUCAUCUGUAACAUCUUUGACUACCUCAAAGUGAACGACAUGCCGAUGGUGGCCCUGGUCCAUCCUGUCUAUGACUGUCUGAUGAGGCUGGCCCAACCGGAUGCUCUAAUGAAUGAGGAAGAGGUGGACUGCCUGGUGCUGCAGCUUCAUCGCAUUGGCGAGCAGCUGGAGAAAGUGAACGGCCAGCGGAUGGACGAGCUGUUCUUCCUGCUGCGGGACGGCUUCCUGCUCCAGGAGGGCCUCACCUCAAUGGCCCGUCUGCUGCUGCUGGAGAUCCUGGAGUUCAGGGCUGGAGGUUGGAUGCUUAGCAGCACUGCCCACAAGUACUACUACAGUGAAAUUGCAGACUAGGGCGGUUGCAAGGACGAGGGUGCCGAGCAGCUUCUUUUUCUUUCUUUUUUUUAUUUUUUUUGCAGCUGCGUUAGGAAACCUUUUAAGCACCUUGGACCUUGGACACCUGUGCUCAGUCGCCACUGAGUGUGAAACCAGCAGUUUCAUGACGGAGUGUGACAUCUUCCAGGUAAAAACGUGGCGGACUUGUGAAGAUGGCGGCACAUAAAGUGUAAAAAGACUUUGAUUUUGUUGGAUUCUUCCCUAUGUUUGAUAAUAUUACUGACACAUGGUGCCGUGGAUGUGGAACGUGCAAUAGUUCACAAGGAGCUGAAGUUCAGUUAACGAGGUUUAGCCACAUUCAGGUACACUUUGUUUAAAAGGAAUUUGUUUUAAAGGUUGAUUACAGCUAGAGAAGCUGAAGUUUUCUUUUCUUUUUUUUUUUUUUUUUUUUUUUUUUUUUAAAUCUUUCUGGCAUUCCUGUUUUUGAAAAAACAUUUCAACUUAUUUUACCAAAUCUAAAGGAGUUGGAAAAGACAUUCCAGUCAGAUGCAAGCCGAUUUGCUCUUUGCUUUACCUUUUUUAAUGUUGUUAAAUAAAUAAAUAUUAAUAAUAUUUUAAUUAAAUAUUUUAGUGUAGAAUUUAAUUUAAUAAGGUUUGAAUUGCAGUUCAGAGGAAUUUUCUGCCUAAUUUACCCUGUAGGAUUCCUGUGUUACUGUUUCUUUGCAACUAGGUAUGUGACGCUCAGAUGAAACACUGUGUCUUAAUUCAGGGAUUUUCUUUUCUUUCUUUUUUUGUUACAGCUCAACUUCUAAAUAAAAGACCAAGAGAUGGGUUACAUUUCAUAUUUAAAUUGUUUCUACAGAUAAAUGGGUCAAAUAUUUAAUUGAUUUCUGGAUUCACAAGUUCCGUUUGUAAACAAGUCGUGCCAAUGUAAUAUGCACAGGAUCAUCCAAUACAGCUGACUUGACAGAGCUUAAACUCUUAAUUUUUAGCCGAGGUGCUAGAGGAGUAGCUGUUUUCCUCCCGUCACGUAUACGCAGGUCAUAUGAGUAUAAAACUGGCAGAAAAGUGUUUUGCAUUUGAAUUCAGGUUCCACCAGCACUGGCAACACUAUGUAGCUGAACUCAAGUUUUACGUUUGAGUCUGUUGUCACCUUUUGUUUAUUGUACUCAGUGAUGGCUCUAAAGUCUUCGACCAAACCUGUGCCUUGGAAUCGGACAGACACAAGCAUAGGACCAACGUCAUGUGGUUAACUAUUACACCUCUGUGAAAUGUCAUGAUUUUGAAAACCCUGUAUCUGUAAAAUGUAAAUAAGUAAAGCUUAAUAUAAAGUUAACGCUCACAGCAGUCAGACAAUGAAACCAAACAUGAUGAAUUCCCAGAAAAGAAUCCUCAGUGUUUUUAAAAAAAAAAAAA